AUGGAGCAGGCUGCAGCCUGUCACAGGAGGAGGCACAAAGUCCACAUUGAGCCCCUGAAAAAGCAGCUUGAAGAUGCUGAAAAGUCAUUAGAAAUGCAAGCCUCAAAAUCGUUUGAGUUGGUGCGGAAGGUGAACAAUCAAAGGAGGGAAUUGCACUCCGAAGUUGAAUGCAUUAAGCAUUUCUUGGGAACAGAGCAUGAUGAAACUCAUGUUAGGUUACUAAGUGAAGAGAAGGAUGUUCAAGAUAAAAUAAUUGAAAAAAAACACCAAAUAUCGGGCCACGGAUCCACGUUGAAAAAUCUACUUGUGGAGUUCGUGAGAGCCCUGGUACAGGCACAAGAGGUGUCUAGCUACCCCAUCUGUGUGGAUAACUUGAAAGAUCCAGUAACCAUCAACUGUGGGCACAGCUUCUGUUGCUCAUGCAUCAACAUGACUUGGAAGGACCUAGGUGAUACUUUCCCCUGUCCUGUCUGCCAUUUUUGGUUUGGAGACAAGAACAUCAGGAGCAAACAGCUCAGUCACUUGACUGAAGUUGCUAAUUUACUCCAGAUCAGAAGGAGCACAUGGAAGGGGCAGGAAGAGAAUUCUGUGUGUGAGAAGCACAAUCAGUUUCUGACCCUUUUUUGUGGGAAGGACCUAGAGGUUUUAUGUACACAGUGCUGUUUCUCCAUUCAACACCAGAAACACUACAAUUGCCCCAUCAUGAAAGCUGCCUCUCAUCACAGGAAAGUUCUAGAAUGUACCGUUGAGCCCUUGAAGAGUGAUAUGGAACAAGUUGAAAAAGUGAUAACUCUGCAAGCCAGCCAAUCAGUUGAACGUGAGAAACAGGUUAAAUGUAGGAGAGAAGAAAUAAAUUCUGAAUGUGAGCAAUUUAGACUGUUUCUACGGAAUCAGCAAGAGGAUAUUCUUAGGCAGAUGGAAGAUGAAGAGAUGGACAUUUUAACAAAACUCUGUGAAAACUUUGUAACAUUUACAGAUCAUGCUUCCACACUGAAACAUCUGCUGAGGGAGGUAGGGGAAUCUUGCCAUGACAUACGAACAACCACUCUGCAGAUGUGUUCAAGCAAGUUUGCUGCUGUUGGAUUUCAUAAAGCUUUGACUGAAGAACUGGCUGCCUUAGAAAACACUGGAGUCAAAACAACACGUCUCUGCCCUAAUUUCAUAAACACUGGCUUCAUCAAAAACCCAAGAACCAGGUACAUGGGGAGUAUCUUGACUUUUGGGAAGUCUGAGGUCUUCUGCAAGCAUUCAGUAGGGGUUCUGUAG